UUGGGAGUGUUUCUUUUUGCCUGUGGUACGCAAUCAUGGCGGUAGGCAAGAAUAAAGGCCUUUCGAAAGGUGGUAAGAAGGGCGUGAAGAAGAAGAUUGUGGAUCCUUUUACUCGCAAGGACUGGUAUGAUGUUAAAGCACCAUCUAUGUUUGCCAAUCGGCAGGUUGGAAAAACCUUGGUUAACAGAACUCAAGGAACAAAGAUCGCUUCGGAGGGAUUGAAGUUCAGAGUAUUUGAAGUGUCUCUGGCUGACUUACAAAGCGAUCAAGAUGCAGAGAGGUCCUUCCGAAAAUUCAGACUGAUUGCUGAAGAUGUUCAAGGCCGUAACGUAUUAACCAAUUUCCAUGGGAUGGAUUUGACAACGGAUAAACUUAGAUCAAUGGUAAAAAAAUGGCAAACUUUGAUCGAAGCCAAUGUGGAUGUGAAGACCACGGACGGCUAUCUGCUUCGAGUUUUCUGUAUUGGUUUCACAAAUAAAGAUCAGCUGAGCACGAGGAAGACAUGUUAUGCCCAACAUGCACAGGUAAAGAAAAUCAGACAGAAGAUGGUUGAAACCAUUACGGAAGAUGUUACCAAAACUGACUUGAAAGGCGUGGUUAGUAAACUACUUCCGGAUGCCACAGCGAAGGACAUCGAGAAAGCCUCGCAGGGAAUUUAUCCUCUGCACGAUGUUUAUAUUCGUAAGGUAAAAGUAUUGAAGAAACCACGCUUCGAGCUUAGCAAAUUAUUGGAGUUGCACGGAGAUGGAGGUGGUAACAAGAGUGAGGAGGCCGGAGACAGUGGUUCUAAGAUAGACAGACCGGAAGGUUAUGAACCACCAGUACAAGAGUCUGUUUGAAGAUGAGUGUUUUAAAAUCUUUCGUAAAAAUAAAAAUCAGAAGAUUGUGUAAAUAA